AAAUGACAGCAAGUGAUAAAUAAUAUAAAGUGUUAACAAUAUAUCAAUUUUAUAUUUGAGAUACGUUAGAGAUAAUAUAAUAUAUUAUUAUUAAUCUUAAUGACAAAGAUUGUUCUGACAAUAAUAAGGAGAUGUGAAGAAUAGUUGAAGUAGGUUUUUAUAUGAAAUGUUCUGUGAGGAUUAUUGAUAUGAUUGCGGGGUGCUCCGCUCGAGCGAGAUCCGUCGCCAUGGAAACCGGGGGCCUGCCGCUGGUUUCCACCUUUGCCUUGUUGACCAUCGUCGCAGGCCAGCUGCAAGUAUCGGGGUAUAAUGAAAAGGAGCCGGAGUUCCUGUCACCCUUGGAAAAUUUAACGGUAGCACAGGGCAGGGAGGUGUACUUCACAUGUACUGUUAACAGGCUGGGCAAGUAUAAAGUGGCGUGGAUAAAGUCAGACACAAAGACAAUCUUAGCGAUACACACCCACAUGGUGACGCUGAACCCACGGUUAUCCGUCACUCAUAACGGUCACAACACCUGGAAGCUGUACAUCAGCAAUGUGGAUCCGGAGGACUCUGGCACCUACAUGUGUCAAGUUAACACGGACCCUAUGAUGAGUCAAAUGGGUCACUUGUCUGUGGUGAUUCCCCCGGACAUCACAGACGACGGCGGCUCCGAGGCGAGCGCGCUAGAGGGCGGCGCGGUGGAGCUGCGCUGCACGGCCACCGGGGUGCCGGAACCGACCAUAUCGUGGAAGCGUACGGGAGGGCGCAACAUUGUGUUUAGGGACGACAAUGGGAAGCAGAUCAAAGUAAUAGACGUCUUCAAGGGGUCGACGCUGGCGCUGAAGGGGCUGCAGCGCAGCGAUAUAGGCACGUACCUCUGCAUCGCAGCCAACUCCGUCCCGCCCACGAAGAGUCGCCGCUACGAGGUCUCUGUGCAUUUUAAGCCGAGCGUGGAAGUGGAACUUCCAGUUGUGAUGCGGGCUGCCGACAAACAAGUGACGCUGCAGUGCCACGUCGAGGCCUCGCCCAAGUCGCUCAACACUUGGCAGCGGGACAACUCGCCAAUCGGUGGCAAGCUAAUGAACAGUUCGAAGUAUAUAAUAUCGGAGGAGAUCAUAAGCGAGUACGCGCUGCGGAUGAACCUGACUGUUACGCGGCUCAAAAAGGGCGACUUCGGCGAAUACUCGUGCGCCGCUGCUAACGCGUUCGGGCGUGCUGAGGGCGUCAUCACUCUCAAAGAAACGCCGCAGCGUACGACUACAAAAACUACGACAACAACAACUACGACAACGCCAACAUCAGCGCCGACCACAUCCGCGAGCACGACGACGCGGCAGCCCAAGCGACACCACAAGAACCAGAACGUCAUCGUCGACGAUAUGCGCCAGGCGGACCUAGGCAACGCUAUCAAUUUAUACAACACCAACGCGUACGCCCCGCCCAACGACUCGCACAACGAACACGCUCAGAGGACAGAGAGGAAGAAAGCUCGUCCCUCCGGCCCUCCAUACGUUCUGUACAACAGCGAAACCACGCGUUUGAAGCCCUCACUCGCGCUUGCGCUACUUAUCAAACUAUUUGUAUAAAAUUAAAUACCUUAGCAGCAGCUUAGUGAUAAAAUAUGGCUGUUGAAUUUUGUAUUACAUAUUUUGAGGUUGUUAGAAUGUUUGCCCAUUAACAUCGUUAUUUAGACGUUAUCGGUCAGGCCUAAUGUUAAAUGCCUUGAUUGUAAAUGAAGACAAUAAAUAAUGCGAGGUCGAA